AUGGAGCAAGACGAUGCCGAGCUUCAGCAGGCUAUUCUUCUCAGCCUUGGCGUCAAUGCGGAAAGCGACCAGGACCGGUUUCUUCAGAGCCUCGCAUCAGCUCCGGACGCUACCCGCAAAUUGAUCGUCACGGUCGCAAAGAAUCUUUCAAUCUCGGAGCCGAGCAGUGAGGCUCGCUCGAAGUUCCGGCGCUUGCGCGAUGAGACAGUCCGGUCGCGCACGACCAGCAGCUACAAUCUGGCGACCGAGGCUCUUCUUGCACUCGGUUUCCGCUUGGAGACCGGUGAAGGCAGCGACAGUCACUGGCAGAUCCCUGCAGAAGCUGAGCCUUCCGCGGAGAUGAUCCGGGCCGUGAUGUCUCUUGGAGUCACGGAUGCCGAGAGAACGGCGAGCACGUCUCUUCCGCAGCGAGUCCCCGCAGCGACUGACUGCGAUGUGCUCGAGCUUCCGAGCCAAAGCGGGCUCCCCAAGCUGAGACUCGUCCUUUAUCCCCGAAACUACUGCCAGCUGGUACCGGAAGACUGCGUGGCCUGGGCAAGUCGCCAGGGAAGUGGCCGGAGCCGUUGGGGUUCCCAUGGCCGCGUGGGAGAAGACGACCGCGUGAUUUUGGCCCUCGGAGCUGCUAAGGAGCUCUUGGGAGGUCUUGGCUUCGCAGCUCAUUGGUACAACCACCGGGGUCAGGAGCGUUCGAUGCCCACGCUCUCUUGCCAUGCAGGAGAACAUGCGUGGGCUGAGACGCACAUAAAUCAAACUUUCGUGAUUCGGGCGCUACCUCAGCAGCAGCUUGCCUUGUGUGGUCUUCGACUCAGCUGCCGCCCGUUUGAGACGUCAGGUCGUUUGGUUGCAGUGAUCGCGCCAUGCACCGCUGACAUCCAGGAAGCUUUGAGACAAUGCCAGGAGAUUUUGAAGUCUCUUCCCGAAGACUCACGGGAGCAGAGCCGGGCAAUCCGGAGCCGACCGCCGCCGCCACCUCCACCCAGUCACAAACACUUCCGCUUCUAG